AUGCGUACUUUCUUGUUUUGUGCUGUAGUCGCUUUCGUUGUAGCAGUGUUCCAAGUGGAUGCUCAAGUUUCCGGUGGAGCUCAGGCAGCAGCUGGAAUAGUAAAUGCUAUCAGUGGAACAGCUGGAAUAGGAGGUGGCGUUGGUGGGGCAAAUGGAGUAGUAGGUGGAGCAGCUGGAGCCAAUGGAAAUGUACUUGGACUAUUAAGUGGUAGCGGUGGAGCUGCUGGAAAUAUUUUACAAGAUGGUAAAUUAGUAAAAGGAGGUGAGGGAGUCAGUGUUGGUGUACCUGGAGUAGUAAAUGUAGAUGGUGUUGCCAGUGGAACAAUUGGUGAUAUUAAAGAGGGUACAAUCUUAAAUGGAAACAUUGGCGGCAAAAUACAAGUACCUGCUCUAGGAAGUGGAGAGAUUGAUGUAUCACCUGUUGUGAAUGUCUAA